UUUAUAGCGAUUUUGCACCGGCAGAAAAAUAAAUUAUUUGAGGCCGGCCUCCGGUUGAGUAAGUAUAGCUCGGACCCUUGACAAGGCCGCAAAUCCGCUCGACAUACCACACCCCCCUGAACUCGCCAUCAUGCCUGGACGCCAAGCUCACGGAAGGCUGCUGCUGCCUUCGAGCUCCGGCGGCCCCAAAAAACCGGCGAGGAACAUGAAGAGCUCGAGGGCUAAGGCUACAUCCAACGCCCUCGACGCUUUCGCCAGAGCCUCGGAACAGGUCACAGAGCGCAUGCCCAAGGGCGUGCGGACACGGGAUAUUGAAGAGGAACCCGAACGCCCCCAAAAGAGGCCACGUGACAGAGACGAGGACGACGACGAAGACGACGACGGGGAUGAGGACGACGACGGAGAUGACGACGAAGUGCCGCUCAAAAAGAAACCCAGGAAGAACGCCGGCGAGUUUGACGGCUUCUCCGGCGCUGGAAGUGACAGCGAUGGUAACGAGUGGCACUUUGGCGUCGGCGAGGGCGAGGACUCGGACAUUGAUUCCGAGGAGGCCUUUGGCGACGACGACCACGAAAAGUUUGACGGCUUCUCUUUCGGCGGGACAAGCUCCCGGAAGAAGAAGGCAAAGGCCGAGGCGGAAGAGGGCGACGAUGACCUCGAAUCCCUGGGCUCGGAUGCAAUUGACCUCGCCCAGGCCUUGGACCAGUACUCCGAGGACGACGAGCCCGCAGCCUCCGGUCACGGUUCAGGUUCUGAGGACGACGACGAGGGUUCAAGCGACGAGUCCAGUGAGAGCGACGGGGAUGACGAAAGCGACGACGAGGACGACCCAUCGAAGUUAGGUUCUCUACAAAACGUCGUUGCCAGUUUCGGGCCUAAAGGCGACGACGAAGAUGCCGACAUGCAAGAUGGAUCGACAUCCAGGGCCAAGCUCAGCUUGAAAGACCUCGGGCUCUUCGGCGUAAAGGACGCCCAUAUUAAGAAGUCGCUGAGGCUCAUGAACAAGGAAGAGAAGGCUACCAAGCCAGGCUCUUCCAAGAAACUCGAAGUUCCCCUGGCACAGCGACAACAGGACCGGCUGUUACGGAGUGCCGCUUACCAGAAGACAUCAGAGACGCUAGAGAGGUGGAUUGAUACUGUCAAGCACAACCGGCGGGCAGACCAUCUCAUAUUCCCUCUCGCGCAGAAUGCACAAGACCGCGGCCUCGACAACGCUGAGCUCCAGCCCUUGGACCAGAAAACCUCUGGCACAGAGCUCGAGCAAACUAUCAUGGCCAUCAUGGAGGAGAGCGGUCUCGGUCCGAGCUCUAAGCCUGAAAAGAAGGACGGCGAGAUUCGUGCUGAGGGGGCUGGCUUGUCAGAGGCCGAGGUCAAGGAGUUGCAACGACAGCGCCGAAGGGAGAGAGAAAUGCACUCUCGUGAAGCAGCGAGGGCCAAGCGUAUCAAGAAGAUCAAGAGCAAAGCAUAUCGCCGCAUCCACCGCAAGGAGGCUUUCCAUGAUGCCGCAGCCCAACACGAAGCUCUCGCUGCCGCGGGUGAGCUCGACUCGGACGAGGAGCGCGAAGCCCAGGAGAGGAGGCGGGCCGAAGAAAGAAUGGGUACUAAACACAGAGAAAGCAAGUGGGCUAAACUGGGCAAAAAGGCCGGACGGGCGGUUUGGGAUGAAGACUUUCGUUCUGGGCUUGGCGAGAUGGCCCGGAAGAACGAUGAACUGCGGCGCCGUGUCGAGGGUCAGACGAGAGGCUCAGACGACGAGAGUGACGACGGCUCGGAUGAGACAGCCGACUCCGGAGAUGAGGCCGGAAAGCUCCAGCUUCUAGCGCAAUUGGACCGCGCGGAAGCGUACGACGACGACGAGCCCCGUUCCGGCCUCAUGAACAUGAAGUUUAUGCUUCGCGGCGAAGCGCUACGCAAAAAGGAGAACGACGACCUGGCUACGCAGAUCCGCCGCGACUUGGAGUCUGGCAGCGAAAAGGCAGAUUCGGAUGCUGAGGAGGCGGAUGUUGGUCGCCGGCAGUACGGGAUGGGCAAGGAAGCCACGGAUACGAAGGCAGCCAACCCCUUUUCAGACAAGGAAACCCGGGAUCCGUCAAAAGCGGAACACGGAGCAACUUCAGGGAGGGUAGGCGGCAUGAAACUUAACGCAAUUACAUCACAGGUGCAAUCCCUUCCCGAACCCGAGUCUCCGCCUCCUACCGCCCCAGGUGCCGCCGGGGCUUGGUCGGUGGCAGCAGCAGAUGGAGGACGUAAAAGCAAGAGGAAGAUCAAGGCUAAGGUCGACGAGCUUGAGCUUACGGAUUCUGCGGUGCUGGCAACCAGACCUUCGAAACCAAAAGCCAAGCAAGCCGACCAGACUAACGACGCUGACGGCUUGAGUGAUGAAGAUGCUGUGCACCUUCCGCUUGCGAUUCGAGAUCAAGAGAUGAUCAAGCGUGCUUUUGCGGGCGAAGACGUGGCGGGCGACUUUGAGCGCGAGAAGGCCGAACUCGAAAAGGAGGAGGACGACAAGGAGAUUGACAACACGCUCCCGGGCUGGGGCGGCUGGGUCGGUGAUGGUAUCAGCAACCGCGAGAAACAGCGGCACAAGGGCAGGUUUAUCACCAAGGUCGAGGGUGUGAACAAGAAAAACCGCCAGGACUUUAAGCUGAAGGGCGUUAUCAUUGCCGAGAAGCGAGUGAAAAAGAACGACAAGUACCUUGCGUCGAGCUUGCCUUUCCCGUACGAAUCGCACCAGCAGUAUGAGCGCUCACUCCGGUUGCCCGUCGGACCCGAGUGGAUGACCAAGGAGUCGUUCCAGGAAGGGACCAAGCCCCGCGUCAUCGUGAAGCAGGGCAUCAUCGCGCCAAUGUCGAAGCCGAGGAUUGGAUGAGACAGGAAUUCUGCAGCAUAAGGGUUUCGGGGUGUGCGUAGAGGGGUUGGCUUCUUGGCACGUGGGAUUGUAUAUAUGCAUGAUUAGACGCAACAUAUAGCGGAUAAUGUGACGUCGUUCGG